AUGUUGCUGUCUGCUCCCCGUCUCUUUGUUCCCAUGCUUACAGCGUCCCUCUUUUCAGGUAUUGCUGUCGCCGAUGAUGCCAAAUUAAGGGCUGAAUUGGCUUUGGACGCGCUCCAGGUGUGGUACAAUAACUCCACCGGACUGUGGGAUACAGUUGGAUGGUGGAAUGGUGCCAAUUGCUUGACUGUGAUUGCCGAUCUGGCUGCCCUGGAUUCGUCGGUCGUGGAUACUGCAGACUACGUCUUCAACAAUACAUACAACGUGGCCCCUGGGUCGAAUCCGAACCCCGGACCGGAGGUGAAAACCACAAAACGUGACUUUCUUGCUCCUCGCGCCAAUAAUGCUGGUAAUGCUUCGGAUUGGCUCGAUUCCGCCUAUGACGAUGAUGGGUGGUGGGUCCUUGCAUGGAUAGCUGCAUACGAUGUCACGGAAGAGCCAAGAUACCUACAGCUAGCGGAGGGAAUUUUCUCGGCAUUGACAGAUGCUUGGGGUACUCGAUGCGGCGGUGGAGGUAUUCCAUGGAAUCCUUCCAACACUUACGUUAAUGCGAUUACAAACGAGCUCUUCUUAUCUGCGGCAGCCCAUUUGGCCAAUCGAGUGCCGUCUCGCAAAAGUUACUAUGUCGACUGGGCACAAAAAGAGUGGAAUUGGUUCAUGGCCCAAGGAUUUAUUGGGGAGAAUAACACAAUAAACGAUGGACUGCUGGAUAAUUGCCAAAACAAUGGGGCCACAGUCUGGUCUUACAACCAGGGUGUCGUUCUUGGUGGGCUUGUCGAAUUGAACAAAGCAACACCUAACGUUACAUAUCUGGAAUCUGCCAACACACUUGCACAGGCAGCAAUUGAAACGCUGGCGGAUUCGAAUGGGGUACUCCAUGAAUUCUGCGAACCUAAUGAUUGUGAGCCAAAUGCAACCCAAUUCAAGGGCAUUUUCAUCCGCAACCUGCAGAUGCUUCAAAGAGUAUCUCCCAAUGACAGCUAUAGGAAAGUUAUCACCAACAGCGCCAACAGUAUCUGGGGAAAUGACCGCAGUGACCAAAACCAACUUGGUGUUGUAUGGUCCGGUCCGGUCGUUAGCACUGUGGAUCCUUCUACACACUGCUCCGCAAUGGAUGCACUAGUCGCAGCUAUUGCUGUUCAAUAG